UGCUCGCGCGAGCCUCCGGGACGAGUGUGGCAAGUGGAGCUCAAAACUACGAGGAAAUGGCAGCAAAGAAGAAAGAAGGGACUUUACAGGUGUCUGCCACCAACAACGAACAAUGGGAGGCGCUCCUCACCAACAGAGGGCUCACAGUAGUGGACGUGUAUCAAGAGUGGUGUGGCCCCUGCAAAGCUGUGGUCCGACACCUGCAGAAGAUAAAGAACGAGGUUGCGGAGGACGACCUGCUGCACUUUGCCACAGCUGAAGCUGACAGCAUAGACGUUUUGGAAAAGUAUCGUGGGAAAUGUGAACCAGCUUUUCUCUUUUACCGGGGCGGGAAGUUGGUGGCCAAGGUGCGAGGUGCCAGGGUUCCUGACAUCCAACGGCUGAUCAAAGAGCAGCUGGCCAAGGAGAAGCUCUUCUUGGAGCAAGGUGGUGAACGGAAUUCGAUAUCAGAUGAUGAGCAGCUGGAGGAGGAGGAGGAGGAGGAGACAGAUGGGGAGACUCAACAGGCUGGAAAUGAAGAAAACUUCACAGUUCCCGCCAGUAAAUCCUUCACAGUUGCCAUCUUGAAACCCAACGCUGUUGCUCACAGCAGAACCAGCGAGAUCAUCAUGAAGAUUCAAGACGCCGGGUUUGAGAUCCUGGCUCAAGAAGAACGAACACUGAGUGAAGCUGAGGCUCGGGAAUUUUACCGGCACCGAGCUGGAGAGCUCUUCUUUGAGGACCUGGUCCAGUUCAUGUCCAGCGGACCCUCACAUGUUCUGGUUCUGUCCAAAGCUGAGGACCUGGACGUGGUACCACUGUGGCUGGAGUUCAUCGGUCCUGCAGACACAGAAGAAGCCAGGAGAGAGAAGCCUGACAGCUUGAGAGCGCAAUACGGCACAGAGACGCUGUUCAAUGCCGUGCACGGCAGUCAGGACGGCGAGCAGGCCAGCAGGGAGCUCGCCUUCCUAUUCCCCAACUUUCAGAUGGCCCCGGUGUCCGAGCAGGAAGCCGAGGAAGAGCGUGUGGAGAGGACACUGGCUCUGAUCCGGCCUGACGUCGCCAGCGAACAGAGAGAGGAGGUGUUGGCCCAAAUCCAUAAUUCAGGUUUCACAGUGGCUCUUCAAAGGGAGGUGAUGAUGUCAGAAGAGCAAGUCAGACGAUUUUACGUCAAGCAGCUAGAGGAUGUGAACGUCCCGGCUCUGAUGCAAACCAUGACCAGAGGUCCAGUGCUGCUGCUGGUUCUGGUCGGGCCAGGGGCAGUGGAUCAUUGGAGGGCCCUCAUUGGGCCGUCUGAUGUGGGAAAAGCCAAAGAGGAGAAUCCAGAGUGUUUAGGGGCGCAGUUCGCCGUGGAGGGUGACCCCACAAACCAGCUUCAUGGCAGCGACACUCAUGAAGAUGCAGAACAGGCUAUCGACUACUUCUUCCCCAAGCAGCAAACUCUGGCCAUCAUCAAGCCAGACGCCUUUGAGCACAAAGAGACGAUUUUAGAGGAGAUCCAGAGCCGGGGGUUUGCUGUGACGCAGAAGAAGGAGAUGACGUUGACAAAGGAAACAGCGGAGGAGUUUUACAAGGAGCACAGAGACAAGGUGUUCUUCAGCCAGAUGGUUGACUCCAUGUGUCGCCGUCCUUGUUUGAUGCUUGUGCUGGAGAAGGAAAAUGCAGUGGAAGAGUGGAGAACCAUGAUGGGGCCCACAGACCCACAAGAGGCCAAGUCCACAUGCCCAAAUUCUUUGAGAGCUCGCUUUGCCACUGAUGUUCUCAGCAACUGCGUUCACGGAUCCUGCAGUGAAGAACACGCACAGGAAAAGAUCCAGCUGAUCUUCGGACAGGAAGCAGAGGCGACUGGUGACAGUGAUGGAGGAACUAAUGGAGCAGGCGAACCACACCUUCCAGGGGCAGAAGAGUUGAAAGCUGCUGAGCUGACAGAUUGCUAAGCACUUUCUCAUGAGGACAAAAACAAUCCCCACUUCAUGUAAAUAAACAAGAAAAUACCACAAAACUGUGACGCAUUCCUACGUUCAAACCUUC